CCUGGCUCCCGCGCCCCUCCCUCCUCAUGGCUGAUCCCUCCUGGUGAUCGCCGGAUUGCGGGGUGGUUGCGCUUCGCCUUGGGUGCGUGUCUCCACUGGGCUUCUGGGCGAACGAAGCAGGUCAAGCUAGCACUUUUUCUGUCUCCGUAGGCGUUUUGGCCUCGAUUUCGGGCUUCCACCAGCGGCCACGCCCUUCGUUCCGCGCUGCUGCCGCCGCGGAGACCCUGCAAAGUGGUCCUGCGCUGCUCACCCGUAGCCCACCGUGACCACGGAGCCCGCGGCCGGGCUCGUCGCGCCGCCCCAGGCACUCUGGCGUGAUGGUCGACCUGCAGGGAGCCAUGGGUCUUGGCCAGUACGAGUCCGAGAGGACUGUCGGAUCCGAGGCAUCCAGCCCCAGCGGCAGGUCGUUCGGAGACGGGGCCAGGAGGAAAAGGCCGCUCACCGUCACGUACCACGGCGAGGACCUCAAUGCCGAGGGCUGGGCCCGUUCGCGCGUUCUGGCGCUCAGCGUCUGGAGGUCUCGCGCGUACGACGUCGUGCUAAUGGGGAGCAUCGUCGUGACCAUUGUCAUGGUGGUGCUGGAGACGGACGCCGUUGCAAAAGGCAGCAGCCCCGAGAGCUGGGUCAGCGUCACCAGCGACGUCAUCCUGGUCCUGUACAUCUGCGAUAUCGCGCUGCGUGUCUUCAUAUUCCGCGCCUCCUAUGCGGCCUACCUGGGCAACUGGGCAGACGUGGCGAUCGUCCUGUCCGACGUCGGCGUCCUCGCCUACCAGUACCUCACGCGGGGAGGUGCCACGCUGGGCUUCUCCUUCCUCCUUGUCUUCCGCCUGCUGCGUCUCGGGCAGGCGAUGCACGUGCUCGAGAUGUUUCCCGAGCUGCACCUGAUGAUCAAGGGCAUGACCGGCGCCUUCAAGGUCCUCAUGUGGGGGCUCGCGGUCCUGUUGCUGAUGCUGCUGGUGUGGUCCAUCCUUGCCGUGCAGCUCACCCUGGAGAGGGCCCGGCCUCUCCGGCGCGUCCACCCCCUGAACCGGGAGCUUGCCCACGAGGGCGUGUACGAGGGCGUCUGCGAGCGCUGCCCCCGCGCCUUCGAGUCCGUCUCGGCCACAAUGCUCACGUUCGUGAAGCACCUGAUCGCUGGGGACGGCUGGGGGGAGGUGUGCGUGCCGAUCUCCGAGGCGCACCCGUGGACGUUCUUCUUCUUCCUCGCCGUCGCCUCCUCUGUGACCCUGGCGCUGCUGAACCUGAUCCUGGCCGUGAUCGUCGACUCUGCUGCCCAGGCAAGAAGCGAGAAUGAGCACGACCUUGCGGCAAUGAAGGAUAAAGAGUUCAAGAAGCAGCGGAAGCAGCUGACUCGACUCUUCAAGACGAUCGACACGGACGGGAGUGGACUUCUAAGCUGGGACGAACUCAACGAGGCCAUCUUCGAGAGCAAAGAGUUCAACGACACUCUGAUAUGCAUGGGCAUUUCGGUGCACGACCUGGACAUGGUCUGGAUGCUCCUCGACGACCAGGACACAGGCAGUGUCACAUGCGACAACUUCGUGGAGCAGCUGUACAGGCUCCGCGCCACGGACAACCACAACGUGAACCUUCUGAUGAAGGGUUUGCUCCUCCGGAUCCGAGAGGACAUGCGGAGCCUCCUGGUGUCAAACGGCGGCCAAGACGUCGGAACUAGGAGCUGCGGCCUGGGCGUUCGUCGGAGCCAGAGGCUUCCCACAUCGUCCAGCGUAAAUCUGGCCGGCGGCAGAAAGUCAAAGAGCUCGUGCAGCUCGCAAUCGCAGUCCGCAGACCACCACGUCCAGGAGACCACGCUGAGCUCUACGCGCGCCGACUCGCGUGACGCGCUCGAGGGGCGCGCGGAGGUGCACAGCUGACCUCUGCGCCCGUGCGGGCCUGCAGGGGAGCGGCAUCGAAGUUGUCCCCCCCCCCUGAUCUUGGUCCUCCCUGCGUCUCUGUGUCAUCCUCCCCUGCUUUAGCUAUCGGCAAGGUCUGCGGUCGCGCGGGUGCGCAGCUGCGGCGCAGACCCCUCAAGUACCGCGUGGGGGCGCGGGGGAGCUGGGCGCUAUGCCAA